AGUACAUAGACAGGGCGAAGGUUCGUAGUGUGUUACAGGAGUGUGGAAGAGUGAGAGGCGAAGAGAGCGUCGCUGACGUGUGAGCAUCCAACAUGGCGGACUCCAGAAUUCUUUUAUUUUUCUUCUUUUCGUGUCUCGCUGUUGUCAGCAGCGUGGCCAGCCCCCUGCCCCCCCUGCCAAAAUGCCCUCUGCCGGAGUCGACAGACGAGUGCCGCUACGGGACUGUGAAAGACGCCUGCUUAUGUUGCUUGUUUGCGCCAAGGGACCCGGCGAACUCUGCAACCUCCCCGAAGCUCCCUGCACGAGUGACCUUUCCUGCCAGCUCGGGAUCUGUCUCCCCGAUGUCGAGGUCCUCAGCCGACUGAUCCGCGCCGCCGAUCCCCAGACCUUCGACCCCGAUCGCACUCAGAGGCAUGACCACCUGCACGACCAUGAACCCCAGGAACCAGACAACGCAAGGGAGCAUGACGCCUUGCACGACCACACGCGGGAAGUAGGGCACUGAUGGUGGUGUUGCUGAUGAGGUUGAGGUCGUUUUUUUUUUCUUCUGUAAAUGUUGCUUCGAAAAAAAUAUAGUAUUUGGAUUAGUGGUGAUGAUGAUGUUGAGUUCGCCUCUUUUCUUCUGUAAAUGUUGCUUCGAAAAAAAAUAUUGUCUUUGGAUUAUAUGCAGUUUGGUUUAUAGGUGAUAAUGGGGAUAAUGCUUAGUUUUUCACUCUGUUUUGUCCUUAUGUAUAUAGCUUUUUUAUAACUAUUGCCUUUGAUUAUGUUCAGUUUAGUUUAGUUAUUGGUAUUUUGGCUAGAAAGUUUUAUCUAUUUGAACAAUCCAAAAAAAAAAAAAAAAAAA